UUCUAGUAAGUUGAGCAAUAUAUUUGAGAAAAGGUGCAAAAAUGGUGGCAAGGAGACGAAAGUAAUAUUCCAAGACUUUCCGGGUGGACCGACCGGCUUUGAGCUUAUCACAAGGUUCUUCUACAACAAUGGUGUCAUCGACAUAACUCAUUCGAACGUAUUGUUUCUACAACAUGUAGCUAGAUACUUAGAAAUAAACAAGGUUGUGUUUGGAAGGCCUAGUUUGAUGGAUCGAACCGAGAAAUUUCUCGAGGGAGUCGAUUUAUGGGAUUGGUCCGAGCUUUUACUAGCGUUGACUGACGGUCAACGUUUAUUGAUCGAUAUCAAUCCAGUUUCUUCGGUUCGAAGGUUAGUAGGUGAGUUUGUUGAGAGGCUUGCAUCGCGUUGUUUAACAACACCUUCCUCUUAUUCUUCUAAGUGCUCGAGUUUUCGAUCCUCAUGUGAUUCUAAGAGCACUCUAAUAAGUAAUAAAAGUGGCUAUUUUCGUAUGUUUUGGUGGUUCGAGGAUCUUACAACAACUCUCACUAUUGAUUUGAUUGAGUUAUUGGUAAAGAAAAUGGUGUUAGAGAAAUUCGAUCAUGUUACAAUAAGCAAGUUUAUUUUCUACUAUCAAAGAGUGAGAGUUCUUGGUGUUACAAAUAUAGUUGUAAGGGCUACAAUCGUCGAAAAAUUAAUCAACCUACUUUCUCUCCUUGAUAAGAGGAUUAUUUCAAUCAAGGGAUUGUUUGAGACCUUGGAUUGCUUCAAAUUUGAAGCUAACACACAACCCUACAAGAGUAAACUCGAGAUUUUAAUUGGUUUGCAACUUGAUCAAGCGACAUUGGAUGAUUUACUUCUUCCAUUUCCUCUAAGAAAAACAAAGAAAUAUACUAUGUACAAUGUGAACAUUGUACUAAGAUUUUUGAAGAAUUUUCUUUUGGAUGGGAACAUAAGUCAUCAUAAGCUUUGCUCAUAUCGAUUGAAAAGAGUAGCGCGAUUGGUGGAUUCAUAUGCUAGCGAAAUUGCACCGGAUCAUCGAUUGAAACCCUCCAUGUUUGUUGCACUUACCAUGGUAAUCCCAGAUUCUGCUCGUGACUCUUGUGACAAAUAUAUACCAAGCUAUAGAAAUCUUUCUUGA